AUGUCUCAGUAAGCAAGAUAAAACUUGGCUCCUCCAACCUCUGACAAGGACUCAAAGAGUGAUGCCAAGAGAAAGAUGACUUCUGCCAUCAUAGAGGACGAGAACAAGAAGAAGGACGUCUAUGAAUUCUUAGAGGAUGAUGAUGAUUUCGAGGAGUUCGAAAUUGAUAAUGAUGGCGGUCAAGGCGGAGACGAAAUGAUGAUUGAUGCUCAUUACAAUGAAGAAGCUGAUAGAAAACUAUGGCAAGAGGAUUGGGAUGAUGAAGAGGUUGAUGAGGACUUCGCCAAGCAGCUCAGAGCCUAACUCGGCAAAAGAUAAUGA